CAUGACCUUUUUUAGAGCAGUUUUCACCCUUUCUUUUUUGUUGAUAAAAGACCCUUUUCUAAUGGAUGCUAGUUUUUGAGCUGACAUAUUCCUUUUAUUCACUUUGAAGACACCUUGUUGUGUUAGGAUCUUCAAACUAAGAUGUAUCUUCUCAGGUUGAUGCUAUGUCUGACUUUGGUGGCUCUAGUAAAACCCAGUGAAUGGUGCUAUACUGGUUGUGAUCACUCACCUUCCAAAUGGAAAGAUUUAAAAGGAUCUGAAUGUAAGGUUGAAAAUCCUCGCCAAUCUCCUAUCGAUAUUGUCACAAGCAAGGUUACCAUUGACCAAAACCUGAACAAUUUCACCUUCGUCAAUUUCUCCUAUAAGUACGCCAUCGAGAAUAUCACAUAUAAUGGACACUCAGUGCAAUGCAACAUGGUAGAGAACACACCAGAAGUGAGUGGAGGUGGACUUGAUGGUCAAUAUUCGGUGCUCCAGUUUCACUUCCACUGGGGUACAGAAACUGAUGGAGGUUCAGAGCACACAGUAGAUGACCAUAGAUUCAAAAUGGAGAUGCACAUCGUCACUGCAAAAAAAAAUAUGACGAAACAAGAGAUAAAUAAUCAUCCAGAUGGACUUGCUGUUCUUGGUUUUUUUAUAGAGGAAAAUGAAGACAAAGCCAUAUCUGAGCCAUGGCAAAUGCUUACAUCCUACUUGGAAAACAUUAAACAGGGCUCUACAGUGAAACUAAACCACACAAUCUCUAUCGAUGAUCUAAUCGGGGAUGUGGACCGUUCAAAGUACUAUCGAUACAAUGGAUCUUUGACUACACCAAACUGCAGUGAGAUUGUUGUGUGGACGGUUUUUCAUGAGCCGAUCUUAGUCCACAAAGAUCUGCUUAACCUUUUUCCCAAAAAGACAAGCCUCACAAAUAACUACCGACCUGUACAACCUCAUCAUCAUCGACAUAUCACUGCCUCCCCUGGAACGCCUCUUCCUGAAGGUCAUAAGUGGUGCUAUGAUGACCACUGUGAUCACACCCCAGCUCAUUGGUCUGCGCUGCCUGGGUCCCACUGUGAUGGUGAAAGCCAGUCCCCCAUUGACAUUGAAACUUCCAGCGUUACUGAGGACGAGAGCCUCGGUUCCUUUGAUUUUACUCAUUUUGAUGACAAACAGGCAAUAAAGUCUAUCACCAAUACAGGCCACACAGUGAAGUGCAUACUAAAGGAUGGUGCAGUGGAAGUGUCAGGAGGGGGGUUGGAACAUGUCUACUCAACUCUUCAGUUCCACUUUCACUGGGGCACAGAAUCAGCCGAUUCUAAGGGCUCAGAGCACACUGUGGAUUCAAAAAGAUACCCAAUGGAGAUGCACAUAGUAAACAAGAGGAAGGAUUUAACACUGGAAGAGGCAGUAGGGACUGCUGAUGGCCUGGCAGUGCUGGGUUUCUUUAUUGAGCCCACAAACUCUGGCAAAAGUGACUCCCACUCACCUCCACCUGGCGCAGAGGAGCCCGACACAGGUUCAGAGCAUGACAUGAAAGCCUGGAAAACGCUGACCGAUUACCUGUCAGCUAUCAAGAACAUCAGUUCAGAAGUUGAGGUCACAAAUGAGAUCUCUAUCGAUGACUUGCUUGGCCACGUAAACCGUGAAUCAUAUUUUCGCUACAGUGGCUCCCUCACCACGCCUUUGUGCAACGAAGCAGUGGUUUGGACUGUCUUUAAAGAAUCAAUUAAAGUGGAUCAUGAACUGAUGGCGAUGUUCCCGAAACACGCAGGAUAUCACGACGUCUUCCGGCCCAGGCAGGCUCUUCAUUCCAGGAAGGUCCUCACCACGGCUGCGGCUACUGUCCCAGGACCUGUCUUAUUUUAUCUGCUGUUGUCGUGCCUGUUUGCCCUCUUCAGUUAAGAUCUGUUUGUAAAAUAGAGUAGAAAACUGUAUCUUAAAACAACUACUCUUGAAAGAUAAUAUACUAAUAAAACUAAAUGUAACGUUAUCAGUGAUAAUGAUGUUAGAAUAAUAAUUGUUUUUAUGCAUCACCUUUAUAAAAAGGUGUUCGAUCUACAAAGCAUUAGAGUUGGGACCUGAUUUUAAUUCUAUAUUUUGUUAUAUCUGCACACCUACAAUUUAUUUUUAUGAUUUUGUCAUUUGCACGGUAAAUAAAAACAGAAAUAAAUGUUAAUAAAUGUGAAGAUUUUAGACUGUGAAAA